AUGACCACAUCUUACGCUGAAUCCUCCUCCCAGGCUCUCAUUUCCAUACCAUCAACCCAACACCGACCCCAUUUUGAGCGUGGACGACACUCAAAUUCACAUUUCUCUGGCAACCACCACAUUCACACUGUCACCGCCCAAGAGUUAUGGCAACCUAUCUUACAUUCGUCGAAUCAAGUGGUACUAUACAACCCACGAUCGCACGCUCUCUCAGUGGCUUCUGCAGCUGCUUCCGAGGAGCUCGCCUCCGGUGUCGUUGUCGCAAGUCGAAUGCGACGCGAGGAGAUCAGCAAUAACACGAGGCUCAUUACGAAUGCCUGUCCGUAUUGUAAGCAAUCUCUGCCGGCUGGCUUUUCAGGAUACCCAUCUUCUACAACACACCCUGAGGCAAGCUUAGGGCAGGAAAGCGGGAUUCGGGAGAAUGAGGAUGCGUGGGGUUACAUAAACACGUCGGAUGAAGAUGACGAAGACUCUGGGGAAGUUCAGGCCGUGAGCACUGAUCCAGCAUAUCAUUCAAGAGCCUCAGAUUAUUUUCGCCUUCUCGCUAUUGCAAACGAAACUGCUUCAGUUACAUCGGGAUCCAGGAGACCGAGUAUCAGUCCUUCUCACAACCAGGGCAAUCAUGAGGGCGAAGAACGCCGUCGUCCAAGGGAAAGGUCGCGCACUCCCGAUAACCGCAGUACCAAGGGUGCAUUUCCUGCAGAAAAAAUGGCACAAGGCUACUUUAAAACCUUUUUCCAAGAAGAAUACAAACUCGGAAUGGGUGCAAGCGGCAGUGUAUUCCUUUGUCAGCACGUUCUCGACGGCAACCCUUUAGGCCAUUUUGCAGUGAAAAAAAUCGCAGUUGGCGAGUCACAUUCUUACUUGCUCAAAAUACUACGCGAAGUUCGCCUGCUCGAGCGUCUGCAUCACCCAAACAUCAUUACAUACCAUCACGCAUGGCUAGAAAAUUCCCAAUUUUCCUCUUUCGGUCCAACCGUGCCCACUCUUCAUGUACUCAUGCAAUGGGCGGAAGGAGGAAGCAGCCUCGAUGACUUUAUAGACGUUCGCCUGGGACGUAAACCAGCGCAUAUCCAUAUGCACCCUCUUCUUUCCUCAACCUCGUCCGUUUUCACACCAUCCGUACCUCCUUCUCCCGCAUCGUCAAACAAUGAACUUCCGGGAGGAGAGGUGCCGACUACUCCAACCCCGACAGCAGCCUCGUUCAAACAUACUCGAUUUGCUACAGAAUCACCUGGUGCUGAACCACGCCAUUCCCCAUCCAAACCUGAGGAUGCUCAAUCCAGAGCUGCACGUAUACAAGCUUUCCGUGCUUAUCAGCGCGCACCGCCUGAGGAGAAAGAGCGGAUGAGGCGCGAGAUGGAAAACGUUUUUGGUACAGGGCCUGGAGAAGGGCCCGCGGGCACUGCGAAAACUCAGUGGACAGCCGUUCACUUGCUCAGUGCGCAGGAGGUCACGAGCUUGUUUCGUGAUGUUACAGAAGGUUUAGCAUUCUUGCACGGAAAGUCCAUAUUACAUCUCGACUUGAAACCAGGCAAUGUGUUGCUGACUUGGGACGAGGGAAAACUUAUCCCACGCGCUAUGCUCUCAGACUUUGGCACAUCACGAGAUAUGAUUAAUUCGUCGCGCGUGCCUCGUUCGGGAAAUACUGGAACCUUGGAGUACACGGCUCCAGAAUCUCUUCCGUCGCCAGAAACUGGCAUGCUGCGACAGAUAGACUCGAAAGCUGAUAUGUGGAGCUUGGGCAUGAUUUUGCACAAAUUGUUGUUCUUCAAGUUGCCUUACAGGUACGCAUCGGUGGGUGAUGCAAACGGCGAACCUAUUAGUAGAGAAGAUGAAGGCGGGAAGAUGGAGAGACUUGAAAAAGAAGUCCAGGAGUAUCCUGGUUUCAAAUCAGUUCCAAGCAUGGUUACUGGCUUUGAAAAUCGGCGGCUGCCCCGCGCGUUUCUCGUUUUGUUGGAAAAUCUGCUACAUAAAACACCUGUGGGAAGGCCGAGCGUUGAGCGAGUAGUUACUGCGAUUCGAGAGGGGAAACUCGAUCCUUUGGCCGAGAUUCCAUCGCAAAAUUUACCCCUUGCUCGUCCUCGCGGUGAACUCUCAGUUUCAUCUGCAUCUGGUGCCCCUGACACGAUUAAAAACGAAGACUACAGUGAGCCUACACGCGUUCUUGCACUUCCGUCCCCUGUCGAAGUGCUUGGUCCAGAGGAGACCAGUUUGCGAAAUUGGCUCACGUGGAAGAUGUGGAAGCCGUUGCUGACAGGAGUCUUUUUUCCUGUCAAAAAGGGGCGUCGCAGCAAAAAGGGAGUCCCGGCGGGCAAAAACUGGCAUCAUAGCCGUAAUAGGCUCGGUCUGCGCCUCAUUCGCAGUUCUUUGUUGGUUGUGAAGGUUCUUACGAUAUCACGUGUUUGUUUGAACCCCGCAACGCGCCCACGUCCUGUGGUUGUAGCCUUACUCUUGGUGGCUGCUGUUUCCGAUACAGUCAUCGACCAUGAGGAUGAAGGUACGGAGAGGCAAUUGCGCACAGGUUCUCGUGUCCGGGGCGUGUGGGUGACGGUGGGAUUGGCGUUGCUGCAUUUCGGCAUCCUUGGUCUCAGUGCCUGGUCAGAAUGGGGUGGCGUAGACCAUUUCUAUGCAUGGAAAAGGAUCUGCUGUAUCCCAAUGGCUGGUACGUCGCGAGGGCCGCUCCAACAUUCUGAAUUGGCUUGA